CUGGUAGGGUACCGAGACCAAAAUCCACCGGAAAGGGAAAGGAAAGCACCCAAAACACAGGCGGCGCUCAGCCUCCAGCUGUCCGCCUCCCCCACCCGGCCACACCGUUCGCCACGCACCGGACCAACCGAAGCUCCACCAAGCUGCGCACGCAACGCAAGCAGAGGAAAUUUCCAUAGCCUCCUUCCUCGCAUGAGCUUCCGUCCGGGCACGUAAGUUUCUCCUGCCCCGCGCCCCGCGCCCCGCGCCCCUCCGCGAUUCGACGCCACCGAGGUUCCCCUUGCUUCUGCGGAAUCGAGGCUAGGUUCUUGGUUUUGCUGCGCGGGAGCAUUACUAGAUUCUAGGCCGGGAAUGUAGCUCCUGCUGAAUAUUUGGACCGCGUGUUUGCUAUUUUAGUGUGGGGUAGUGGGCCGAUCGGUUCUUGGUCUCCAGUUAUGGUAAGGCGUUGACCUGUGAGCGCAACCUGUUCGUUGAUAUUACUGACCGGAGCGCCAAUAGAGUCUUGGGUAGUGAACCUGGAGCUGUUGCUACUCUUGUUUCCCCAUUUCGUUUCGAGGAAAGCGUGGAAAGAGCUUGCUUUGGCUUAGGCUCAGGCCCAGGACCAGAACUUGGUGUUUAUGCAGUCGUAGAAUGUAACAGCACAGGGCAAGGAACCUGAGUGGCUCUAAUAUUUUGGAUUUGGAAUGACUUCAGUGGUUAUCAUAUGUUUCGUAGAUCUGAAACAAUGGGCUCAACUUCUGUUAUAGAGUAAUUGUUAGUAUAUAUCGCAAGCCUGGAUGGACUCCCUUAGAUCUAGUUCAGUUAGAGCAGCGCCAGAAAUAUGCGUUCAAGUUGAUAAUCAGUCUAAGAUUCCUAGUCAAACGAGAAUGCAAGAUGAACACUCAUACUCUCUUAGAUCUAGUUCAGUUAGAGUGGCUGUUUUCACAUGUCUGACUAUAUAGACUGCAUCGUUUCCUCAUACAUAGGAUAAUGCAUUUGGAACCUACUGACAUUUCAUAUGGUGAUGGUGAAUCCAUUAUAUACUAUCCAUCAUGAGGAAGAUGGCCCUUUCAAAUCUGAAGGGUAAGGCAAAAUCUAAAUGCCCCAAAUCCAUUACAGCCAAAGAUCACCAAACCUACAGCAAACACUUAACCUGACAAAAAAUUAUUAAACCACAAAUAUAGCAUGGCCUCCAUCCAGAAGUUUACAUGAAAGAUAUCGAUAAUUUGUGCUUACAUGAUCAUGCCAAUGUUAAACACUGACAACAGGGUAAAAGCGCCUUCAAUUUUUUCUGUACUGCAUGUUUAUUAAUUGAGAAAUCCAGUAAGACAUCAUGGUUUGCAUACACUGAGUUGCCUAAGAUAUCAAUUUGUUGAAAUGUACUUUUCUCCUGCAAAUUUUUCUUUUGAGUUUUGACAGAUUAGGUUCUUUUAGAUUUUCAUGCUAACAUCUCAUGUAUGAUCUGUGCAGGUGCCACAUGAGAUGACAUGUUCUUAACACCUGUUUUCAUUAGGCAUUUACAACAGCAGUGAGAUAUCUGCAAAUGCUGAUUAGCUUCAAGGUUAUUGGUUUUAUCUUUGCCAAAUAACUGUAAUACUGUUGCAGCCAGGGGUUUGCACCUUGGUUUUUUAUGAGGGGAGGAAGAUCAGAUGAAUUUUGUCGUUGCCAGGCAUGCCUUGGUAAGUACACACUACUUGGAGACGAAGAAAAUCCACGAUUGUCAACAUAUGACAGACGGCUCCCCUGCUGUGGCUGUGGAAUAGGUUGGUCUUGUUUUCUUCUAGGUUUCUUGUGCCCUAUCAUUUGGUACGUUGCAGCUCUUCUCUAUUGCUGCAAGUACUAUAAUCGGGAUCCUCGUGAACGGACUGGACUCGCAGCUUCCGCUGUUCUGGCGGUUAUCAUUACAGCUGUAACUAUUGUAACCCUGUCUGUUCUGCUGAUAUGUUGUGUCAACAAACGGUUCUUGAAUAGCUGUGCAGUUUGGCCUAAGUGAUAGCAGCAAGAUAUCUAUUGCAAAACAUCAGCGUUGAACUACUAACUGAAAUAUUCUUUAGAUUCUUUAGUCAGUGCACUUAUUGUUGGACUGCAAAAGGGAAAUCAACAAAUUAUGUGUAACAUGAUCCAUUAUCACCUGUGACUGUACAUUACAGAUUACUGGACCUGUGGAAAUUCUGAAGCUAUAUGCAGCAAUUCCUUCUCUCCCCUGAAACUUUUGAACAAUGUUGUUACUGAUAAUUGGCCUGAUCAGAACAAUCAGAGUUCAGAACUUGUAUCCAAUCUGGCUGAAAUUACAUGAGCAGAUUAAUCUGGAAUGGAAAUUGUGCUGCAUUUUUUGUUC